UUAGGCAAAGUACUGAUCCCAAAAGGCUUCUCAGAGAGUUCCCUCUCGUAGAAAAGAAACCAACAGUAAGCAGAGCGGAGACCAUGGCAAGCCGAGUCCACGGCCGAGCCCAGUUUCCCGCGGAGCGACAGAACCCAGAGCUCACAGUCCUCCCGAGCCUACAGAGCAGGGGGUGGGGGGUUUGCUUGUUGCAGUGGACAAAACAUUUUGCACAGGCGCCGGUGGUCCCGGUCCUUCUCAGCCGUCGCCUAUUUAGUGCCGCGCGCUUGGCAGGCUCGGACACUUCCCCCCCUGCUCCUCCUCGCACACUCCUCUCUUCUCGGUUCUCGCUCCCCGUUCCGCUCUCAAGUUUGUCACCGCCAUCCCCAAUCCUGCCGUCGCGGCUCGGCCGUGCGCCUGCCAUGGCAUCGGCAGCGUUUAAUGGGAGCGCCAUAGAUUCCACUGCUGCUCGCUGCAAACUAUUCAUCAGUUCAUUGGUCACGACAAUUGUUGCGGUGAUAAGAAACCCAACUCAUCCCCCGCCUAGCCAGAUUGAGUGCCCAAACUGCAAAUACCACAUUGAUGACUUAUCACAGUGGCCAGGACUCCCCGCUGGUGUUAAAUUUGAUCCAACUGGUCUCGAACUGCUUGAACAUUUAGAAGGAAAGGUUGGCAGGGCACCGUCCCAUGAGCUAAUAGAUGAUUUUAUUCCAACCAUAGAGGAGGCUGAAGGAAUCUGCUAUACACAUCCUGAAAAUCUCCCUGGUACCAAGAUGGAUGGGAGAAACCUUCAUUUCUUCCACAAAAUAUCAAAUGCAUACGAUGUUGGCCAGCGCAAGCGUCGCAAGAUUAGCAACAGUGACCAUGUUGUUUGUGAUGUGCAUUUCAGAUGGCACAAAACUGGAAAAUCCAAAGAAAUCUUAGAUAAUAACGGUGUCAUAAAAGGGUGGAAGAAAAUAUUGGUUCUUAUCAUGCGUUCUAGGAAAGACGGUGUCACCUCGCGUACAAAAACUAAUUGGACAAUGCAUCAGUAUCACCUUGGGGUAGAUCAAGAUGAAAAGCAUGGGGAGCUUGUUGUUUCUAAAGUCUUUUAUCAGUCAAAUAAAGAUGAGCAACCUGUAAUGUGCCCUGUUAAUGAAGAAUCUGGUCCAUUUGCUGGGGAAAUCGAUCCUACAACCCCAAUGACAUACCCUCCGCAGCCUCGUCCCCCAAACAGUAGCCCAUCCAGAACCAAGCAGAAUCAGGAAGAGCACGCAGCGCUAUCUGGCCCGGAUGAACGCCCGUCACGCGGUGCAACCCCGGACUCCGUGUACCCUGAGAUGCAGCCUUAUCCUCUUGGCCUGGACGCUCUCCAAGGGUUGCCCGACCCCAGAACACCUCCGGGUUUCUCCCAUAUGGCCUCUUGGUUCGCUGGAACCUCAUCGCAUUCGAAUGCCCUCGAGGAUGCACCACUGUCUGGCCUGGAUGAACGCCUGCCACAUGGCGGAACGCUGGACGCCGCCUACCCUGACCCUGAGGGGCAGGCCCUGCCUCUUGACGUGGAGGCGCUUCAGGGGUUCCCCGACCUCGGAACGCCUCCGGAUAUCUUCCCCGACUUGCAGUUCGGGUCGCAGGACAUCUUCUGGGGGGAGGGGUUUUGAAGCAGCGGCGCAACGAGAAGAGGUUGUUUUUUCUCGUGAUGUAGCAUGUUUUGUACUGUAUAUCUGUGCAUGAGUGAUGGAUGUCCGAGAAUAUUUUGCAUAUGAUCCUGGAGCUUGCCGAUGAGUGUAGCUCGGCUAUGCUUACUGUUUGUGGUAGUACCAGACAAUUUUUUUCUUCAAAUGUAGGAGCAUCGCUCCCAAUUGCAUAGCCAUGAAACUGAUAAAUAACAGUUUGUUCCUCAAAAGUGUUUGAAACUUAUCAGUACAAAAUAAACUUA